GGUUUGCUUCCUCUGCCACCUCGAGCAUUUCAGGGCAUAUACCCGCUGCUCCAGGGUCGUAUACCGGGUGGACAAACUGCGCCGACUGGCGAGAGAGAGGACACCUGCGCUCUAAGACUCAGAUGAUGAUCAAGGAGACCAGUGGGACGUUGAUUGGUCACUUCUACGUGGGAGAUGAUGCUUCUCCCAUCAAAGUUAUAGCCUAUAUAAUUCUCUCGGUUGAGAAAGUCAUUAGUGUUCAGUUCUAGGACCUGAUUUUGCGAUUUAACAAGACUGACUCCUGCAGCACCAAACCACACACAGAGAAGCUAAACUCUCACCAAAGCGCAUGAGAAUCUGAUAGCUCGAGAUGAGCGCAACGUAUCUGCGACAACUUUGCCUCCUUCAUUUGGUCUGGUGCCUUGGAUGUUGGAAGGUGACAGAAGCUAAUCCCAGCAAAGAGUGUGAACAUGGAAUUGUUUUGACAAAGGGUCCUGGGAUCCAGACUGAUGUGGGAGAUAUGUUGAGAGAUCAGAAUGAGAAGCAAGUUCAGAAUGUAUUCAAAAGAUUCCUGUUCCACUAUUCAAAGGCAAACUCAGUAGGCUCUAUACAGCAUGCGUCCCAUUCAGUGCACCCACUGAUGCGCCUGUCACCAAAACUGUCUCAGAGGAGAAAGAAGCAGCUCCUGCUUUUGAAGCUCCGGGGAUCUCCCUGAAGGUGUGAUGUAAAAAUCUGACUGUGGAAUAACUUGAAGGCAGACACCAGCAAGCUGCAUACCCCUGAACACAAAAUGGUGGACAGACAGAAGCAGCAUUCUCAGCUCUCGCUGGACUUGAUAUUUGAGAAAUAAAUUAAGAUAAAUGUGACUGCA